AUGAACACUUUUGUUUUAUUUGUUAUACUGACGAUUUAUGUUGUUUCAGGAUAUCAUGAUAAGAUUCCCGAAUUAUCUAGACAUAGGCGUGAUACCUUGGGCGCUUUGGAAAUAAUUACUAACCACGCAAAACCUAUACAUGCUGAUGUGAAGAAAGAUAACACAAAUACAACUGAAAAGGUUAUUGAAACGGAUGGUAUACCAAGCCAUUGGAAACGAUACCAUAAAAUAGUAAAUAAUCCUGAUCAUCAUAAAAUUAACCCUAUUCAAAACAAAAAAUCAAGCAAUAAUAUAUUAAAUUACGGACUUGGGGUUCAACGUCCUACUAAAGUUGUACCUAGUACUGACCUACUAUCGUAUAAAAUCAUGCAACCCACAAUAAGAAACUUAAAUUCAAUUUCUGAUAGUAGCAAUAAAAAAUUAUGUGAAAAAUCUGAUACUAAAACAGCCCAUAACAAUGAGAAUUUGAAAGUUGAAAAUAAAAACGCUAUUUAUGAUAAAGAACAACAUAUUAUAAAUGAACAUAACAAAGAUAUAGAUCAAGUAUUAGAAAAAUGCCCAAAACAUACGGAAAUUGAAAACGUUAUCAACAAAUUUAAGAAUGUCGAUACAUUUGAAGAACCAAAUCAUGCUAAAAUAGAUACCGUACAUGAAAAAAAUAUUAUGUUGGAAAUGUUGCAUCCAGAAAAAAAUGAUUCAAGUAGUAAUGUUCUUGACAAACUUUGUAGAAACGAAAGUUUAACAAAAAGAUCUGAAGAACCACAAGAACACGAAAAUAUAACCCGUCACAAUAAGGAACAAAAUAAAAACAAAAGAAAUGAUGAGUUCAUUAUUAAAAGUCACGAUUCUACCGAAAAAAACCCAGUAAAUACAGGCAAAAUAAAAGACGAUGAAAUUAGAUUUCAUGAUCAGCAAAAUAUUCAGGCAAACUUUUGGCAUGCACUCUACAAUCCUAAAGGGUGGAUUCGCUACUUUAUGCCAAAUCAAUAUUCCUUAUCAGACAAUUCAAACAAUUAUAUAAACAAACUGUACUCGAGAACGAAAUAUUCUAAUCCCUUUUAUGAUACACAAGGUCGAUUUACAAGGCCUUUGAAUUAUGGAGCCGAUAUAGGAGAUACGAUA